CCAAGGUCAUUUCACCGCCGCCCAAAGGUCAUUCAUCAACUGAUGGGCGAUUCACUGUAUUAAAUGGAGGAGCAUUUGCUAGUCCGUAAAAAUACACACAUUUACGGAUGGUAAAUCAUGCGCGAAGAAUUAUUGCAGAAAUUACAUUCUCUUCAGGAACGCAAACGUCUUAUGUGUUCUCGUUCGACGAAGAUUCGAGAAGUUGAAUUAAAAAGGAAAAUAAUUAACGAUGUUCUAGAAAUUGUGCCAAAAUCAUCAGCGACUGCUACAUGCCUCCGGGCAAUUGAAUUCGAGGUAAUUAAGCAGGAUAUAACUCUGCGACCUUGGAAACAAAGAAAAUUGAAGUCAAUGGAUUCGACAAAUAAGACGUCUCCCCUCGAUUCAGUUGUUAUAAACGCAUCUAAUUCUAAAGACCUAAGUCGUAUUCAUGCUGAGAGUUUACAUAAAGGCACUUUAGAAUGGCGUUUGAACCACGCAAUCGAUUCUGGGCAGGCUGACCUGGCAGAAAAGAUAAGUGACUCCAUUGGAGAUCAUUUGUUGUCUACAGCUUCUUCCGACAAAAAUAUUCAUUUGACUUUGAGCAAGCAAGAUGAAUACAAAGAGGAAUUAAAAAAUCGGCGACCUGUUUGGCUUUUUCAGGCUAAAGAACGGUGGGAAGCGAAAUCGAAUAUGUAGCAAUGUAGCUACCGCAUCCAACAACAUUGGAGAUUACACGAGGAUUUUAAAAGCCAACAGUGCUGUUAUAGUUUAAUAAAUUUCUAAGGAAUAAACCAAUAUUUUACGCAUAUUUCACAAUAAUCACCUAUUUACAUAGUACCCAACAUUAGAUGCAUUUUACUUAAAACACCACUUUUGUGUGCCAUGGUUUCACCUGUCACGUUUCAAAAACCGGACCGUAAAUUUACUUAACUACUGAGUUAUGUUAUUCACUUCUACAAAUUUCAGUUUAUGUACAUGAUAUUCGUUACCUCUAACUCACAAAAAUUCAGGAGCUUACGAUCAGAUAUUGCAAUUAAUUGGGUUACCUUGUUAGUAUUG